CCAUCUCCUAUUCAUUUAGUAAGUUAAUGUCAAACAUGACAGGCGAAAAAAGUGAAAACGGAUUAUCCACUCAGUUAACGGAGAAACCUGUGGAUGAAAAAAUUAAACGGAAGAAAAGUAAAAGAUGUCGUCGACGGGUCUCCCAAUUAUUACAUACCCACAUUGCUCUUAUAACUGUGUGCGUUCUCAGCGCAUUAGAUGCUUCAUGUGUCCUUGGUCAGAUCAUCUGUGAUAUACUCAUAAUGACAGAAAAAAUUCACAACAGCGAAGUGUUAGAAACGGAAGCAGCAACAACAUUUAUCAGCGCAUGCCCAGCUUUAAAUGGGACAGACACAACCAAAUCGCUAACAUCAAUUGUAAACAUUUUAAAAACUAUUGAUGACUGUAAUAGUUCUCCACCUGGUCAUUUUAAUGGCCAUCAUUAUGAUAUUCAUAGCAAUACUCAUGGUUUAAGGGAUGCCGAAAGCGAGCCUAAACAGUGGAACAGAAUGUUGACGAAAGAUUCAGGCUCAUUCUUAAAACGGAGGAUUUUAAGUAUGACUGCGCACCAUCGGCGUGUUAAGAGAGCAUCAGCAGGAGGAGAUGAUCAUGACCACCACGAGCACACACUCUUGGAGGAACUUACACACGUGUUCCAUUUAGGGAGUAUGGUUAUUCUUUCAAUACUCGUGGUUGAGACUUUCACCAAAAUGUUUGUAAUGGGAGAGAAAUUUUUACACCACAGAUUAGAAGUGUUUGAUGCCUUUGUUGUGACAGUCUCCUGGUGUUUAGAUAUUGCAUUUUAUGAUGGUAUCUGGGCUAAACCUGGAACAGAAGCAGCUACAAUACUUAUAUUUAUCUUACCAUGGAGAGUCAUCAGGAUUGUCAAUAGCUUUGUAUUAGUUAUCCAAGAAAAAGAUUUGGUACAACUUAAAAUAGUAAAACAGCAAUACAGACGAACAGUGAAAAGAGCAAACGAAAUGAAGAUUAAAACAGAUGGUUAUAGGACAGAAACAAGACAGCUACAAGGAUUGUGUCGGAAACACGGAGCAAAUGAAACAGAGAUACAGUCAUGUGCUCCAUUUGGGAAAAAAAGGAAAGUAAGCUCAGUUUUCUCAGCAAUGAACAGUUUUGCGUCACUAGCUAUGAUAGGAGCAGUAUCAAGUGUACCUGAUUUGCAUGUGGCGCGCGAGAGUUCUGAUGAAGAGGAAGAGGACAUUGGGUUAAAUAACUCAGAACUAAAAAAGAAGGCAGACCAUAUUCUACGUUCAGUUUCAGUCGAUAGCGGCAUGUCGACUGCUAUUAAUUCGCCAGUAACAUUUUCUUUAUCCCCUGAUCCUAUGGAAGAUAUGUCAAAUGGAAUUGUGUUUAAUUUUGACGAAGCCAUCACCACUAAGGAUUUAAAGACGGGAAUUCAUACAAAGCUGUAAAAUAUCAAAG